ACUACCACAGCAGCUUCUUCAUCUCCCACGCUGCACUUUUUAAAAAAGGUUCGAGCUCUCGGCCAUUUCCCCCCUGUAACUCUGCAAACUGUUCUUCUCCUCUUCCUCUCCCCCCUCUUCCUCCUCCUCCUUGGAUCGGGUGCGACCGGGUUGGUGUGUGUCAGCAGGAACCGAAGGUGACCAUGGCCUUCCUCUGGAGCGCAGCUCGGCGCUUGGUGUUGGCAGCGCGCCCCCCUCUCUCUCCUCUGUGCCGGACGAGUGCUCGGGCCUACAGCUCGACGCCCACCCAGGAAAAAAGUGUCCCCUACGAGAAGACGCUCCAACAGAAGGCGGGAACAUCCUCUGGUCCCACUAAACCUCUGCCCAGAUCAGCGGAUGCGGUGGUGAUCGGCGGCGGCAGCCUGGGCUGUCAGACCAUCUACCACCUGGCCAAAAUGGGAAUGACCAACGUGGUCCUGCUGGAGAGAGACAGACUCACCGCGGGCACCACCUGGCACACUGCAGGCCUGCUGUGGCAGCUCCGGCCCAGUGACGUUGAGGUUGAGCUCCUGGCCCACACCAGGAACGUGAUCAGCAAAGAUCUGGAGGAGGAGACGGGCCUCCACACGGGAUGGAUCGAGAAUGGAGGACUCUUCAUCGCCUCCAACAAGCAGAGACUGGACGAGUACAAGCGCCUCAUGUCGCUGGGUAAAGUUUACGGUAUUGAGUCCUACGUGCUGUCGCCUGCUGAGACCAAGGACCUGUAUCCUCUGAUGAACGUGGACGAUCUGUACGGAACCCUGUAUGUUCCAAAGGACGGCACCAUGGACCCGGCCGGCACCUGCACCACGCUGAGCAGAGCUGCCACAGCCAGGGGAGCCAAGGUGAUUGAGAACUGCCCUGUGUCUGGCAUCACCGUGCACACAGACGACUUCGGGGUGAAGAGGGUGAGGGCGGUGGAGACCCCCCACGGGACGAUUGAAACGUCUUGUGUGGUGAACUGUGCAGGUGUGUGGGCCCCCAAGCUCGGGGAAAUGGCUGGAGUCAGGGUUCCUCUCGUGGCGAUGCAUCAUGCCUAUGUGGUGACAGAGAGAAUUGAAGGCAUACAGAACAUGCCAAAUGUCAGGGACCAUGAUGCAUCAGUGUACCUGCGGCUCCAAGGUGACGCCCUGUCUGUGGGCGGCUACGAACAAAACCCCAUCUUCUGGGACGAGGUGUCUGAUAAGUUCGCCUUCAGUUUGUUCGACCUGGACUGGGAUGUAUUCACGCAACAUAUUGAGGGUGCGAUAAACCGAGUACCCAGUUUGGAGCAGACUGGCAUCAAGUCCACUGUAUGUGGUCCAGAAUCGUUCACGGCCGACCAUAAGCCGCUGAUGGGAGAAGCACCAGAGGUCAGAGGUUUCUUCCUGGGAUGUGGCUUCAACAGCGCGGGCAUGAUGCUGGGAGGAGGCUGUGGUCGAGAGCUGGCUCACUGGAUCAUACACGGCCGCCCUGAGAAGGACAUGUAUGGAUAUGACAUCAGGCGUUUCCACAACUCGCUGACGGACAACGCCCGCUGGAUCAGAGAGAGGAGCCACGAGUCGUAUGCUAAAAACUACUCCGUGGUGUUCCCCUUCGACGAGCCGCUGGCCAGUCGCAACAUGAGGAAAGACCCGUUCCAUCAGGUGCUGACGGAGCAGGGCUGUGUGUUCCAGGAGAGACAUGGCUGGGAGAGACCUGGCUGGUUCAACAAAGACGGGCCUGCGCCUGUUAAAGACUAUGAUUACUAUGGAGCUUAUGACAUUCAGACGAAUGUGGACCACAAGUACAGCGAUCUGUUGGGGAAGGAGUACACCUUCGACUUCCCCCCACAUCACGACGCGAUUAAGAGCGAGUGCCUCUCAUGUAGACACGGUGUGGCUGUGUUUGACAUGUCCUACUUUGGAAAGUUUUAUCUCACCGGACCAGAUGCCAAGAAGGCGGCUGAUUGGCUGUUCACUGCUGAUGUCAACAAGAAACCAGGCUCCACUGUGUAUACCUGCAUGCUGAACAAAAGAGGAGGGGCGGAGGCUGACCUGACGGUGAGCAGACUGGAGCCCGGCGCCGCCAUGCUGCCCCUGGCACCAGAAUCCAACGGUGAUGCAUACUACCUGGCCAUCGGAGGCGGCGUCGCCGAGCACAACUGGAACCACAUCAGAACCGUUCUUCAGGACCAGGGUUUCCGCUGCCAGCUGACAGACUACUCUGAGGAGAUGGGCAUGCUCAGCAUCCAGGGACCAAAGAGUCGAGAGGUUCUUCAGGAGGUGCUGGACACAGACCUGAGCAACGAAAGUUUCCCCUUCUCUACCCACAAGGUUGUAAACGCAGUGGGACAUCAGGUGCGAGCCAUGCGUCUGUCCUUUGUCGGGGAGCUCGGCUGGGAGCUGCACAUUCCCAAGGACGCUUGCCUUCCGGUCUACCAUGCUGUCAUGGCUGCUGGUGCGAAGCACGGCAUCAUCAACUCGGGCUACAGGGCCAUCGACUCGCUCAGCAUAGAGAAAGGCUACAGACAUUGGCACGCUGACCUCCGCCCGGACGACACCCCCUUGGAGGCGGGGCUAGCCUUCACCUGCAAACUAAAGAGUUCAAUCCCGUUCCUGGGUCGCGAUAGGCUGGAGGAACAGAAGAAGGAGGGGCUUAGGAGGCGCAUCGUCUGCUUCACCAUUGACGAGAAAGUACCGAUGUUCGGUCUGGAGGCCGUUUUCCGUAAUGGAGUGCCUGUCGGUCACCUAAGGCGUUCUGAUUAUGGCUUCUUCAUUGACAAAACUAUCGGUUAUGGAUAUAUCCGCAACCCUGAUGGAGGAGUGGUGAGUGCUGAUUUCAUAAAGAGCGGCGACUUCACCCUGGAGAGGAUGGGAGUGACGUACAAGGCCAAGGCCCACCUCAAAACUCCAUUCGAUCCUGAGAACAAACGGAUCAAAGGCAUCUAUGCUUGAGGACCACCGACGACAAAAACAAAGAAACUGAAAACAAACACAUUCUGGUUGGAGGACGAGGCUGAGGGAGGAGCAGCUGAUUCUUCUCUUCUCUUUCAUGGACGGUUUGAAAUCUGUAUCGAGGUGUUGAAGAGGUUCUGAAUUGAGUCUGUUGUGUCUGAGUGUCUUAAAGGUGAUUUAAGGUCUCGGCUCCAGGUUGUUGAUGUCCACUCUGGAUUUGUGGGGUUGGUAAAUAUGUCUUGUUAUCUCCUGUAAUCAGGCAGCAAACACAGCGGUAAUUGUGAUUCCCUCCCAUGACUCUACUGAAGGUGCAAUGGUGGCAAGUUUUACAUUAACUCCACCAUCUGCUGGCUUUUGAGACUAUAUCACAGCUAAUAGGGCUGAAAGUGACAGAUGUAUAUGCGUGUAUGGAAGCUCAUUACUGCCAACAUGAGAGGAAAAAGGAUCCUGUUAGCCAAUAUAAUGAGAAACUUUCACCAAGUAAUGGUUUACUAUCUUCAAAUAAAGAGAAACUUUCUCAAAACCUAAUCAUAGGGUACGAUCAUACUUACACGAAUGCAGCGGAAUAUCACGGCUUCACCGAAGUUGAACUCCACGCGAAGCCUCGCUGCUGAUUUGCCUGGCCACAGGAAGCAAAUGUCUUAUUCCCCCCCGCCCCCAGCUCACACAGAUUGGAUGUGAAGGUUUGUCACUGCUAUAUUUGUGCAUGUGUCCACAGUCUUGCUUACCUUGGAAAAACUGACUUAUUAUCUUAAAUAAUGAGAUAACAGGUUUCAUGAAAUAUUGACUGAGCAUCUUAAUCUUUCAAGAUAAAUGGUGUGUAACAGCAUUUUUAACAUUAUUUUACCCUUAUCUUCAUUUAAACAAGAAGAAAUACUUUCCCUUCCAAGUACAUCUGUACAUCUGUAGCUCCAUCUGUAACUUCUAUAGCUACUCUACUCAAGUUUCGCUUGUGUUGGGGAGCAUUUCAGUAUCUAAAAAAGUUCUGAACAUUAUGCUCCAGAACCAUCAUUGUCUUCCUCUUCUCCAGUAGCACUGAUGGGAAACCUUAGCUAGGUCACAUGACUUUGGUGAGUCUGAGUCCAAAUUCUGAGAAAGUUUGUCUUUAUUUUGAGGAUGGUUCUAAUUUAUAGACACCAUAUUUUACUUUUGUCAGGCCGUUAAUUCUAAUUUCUUCCUUAUUGUCCACAAUAUAUUUGAUCCUGUUGUGGUGCUGUAAUCUCUCGUGCAUUUUUCCUGCGAGACCAUAAAAAACUAUAUAAGGGAAUACGUCAAGUUUUCCCAAACUACUACACAGAUGCCCUGCAGGUGUCUGGAGUGAAUUACAAUGACUGAUCGUGUGCGGAUAGAAAUGAGUGUUACUCGCUCGUGUGUUGUCUAGAUGUGAGUGUUCAUCAGAGCCGGAGGAGCAGGUAGAAGAGAAACAGCCCGAGGCGCAGAGAGGAACAACCAGGGACUAAACACAGCUGAGGAAGUAUGAUGACAGGGAAAGAGUUCAGUUAACAAGAAGCAGCUGUUGAUGUUAACGUGCUGGUACAUUGUACCGAGUUAAAGAACUCCCGUUUGUCUUAUUUUUAUGUUGAAGUCGAACCUAAUACUGUGUGUAUCUGCUUCACAAUAUUCUCUGUAAACAGAUUCUAGUUUGACCAAUCCGGUUUGAGCAGGCUUUGAUCACCUGCAAGUAAAAGGGUCGGCAUGGAGAUAAGAGCAAAAGAGGCGAGAACGCAUAUACCAACAUGAAUCAGCUUUUUAAGUUACCUGCCUUCAUAUGCAGGUAUUGAGCCAAAAUGGCGUCCGGACUGUAACUGUAAACAGUGUUUUGGCAAAUGGAAGAUUAAAAAGUCUUGUCCCUGGAUUUCUGCUGUUUAAACAAGAAGUCUUAAAAUAUUAAAAUAUUGCUUCUUGCCCCCAGAGGCGAAUUCAUCGCCAGACGAGAGCCGAUGGACUCAACCUUAUUUCCAACAGUAUCUUUAAACUGGGAAGCAUCUACGUGGUGCGGCCAUUAAACACCACAUGAGCCUGAUUAGCAAACACUCAUCAUUUGAAACUGAGAGCUUAUUAAAGUGGAUUGGUGAUGGGUUCAGUGGGACUGACCUGUAGGACCUGAAAAAAUCACUCAUAUUCAUUGUGCUGAAUCAACAGCCUGAGUCUGUGCAGAAACAACUGUUGGUGCCUUUCCAUGUGAACUCUUUUGUGUUAAUAAGUGACAACAAGCUUAUUAACACAAGCUCGCUCCUAAUGCUCCUGUUUCAGGAGAAAGUGUGAAAAGAAGAAGACACUAGUUUAUCACCUUGUUAACUGAUUCAUGUCUUAAGUCCUGGUGCUGGUGCAUGUACAGUAAUUAAAGCUAUUUUGGUAAUUCUGUGUGUUUACAUGAGUGUCUUACGAGUCAACUACAAACUGUGCGUCUGUCGUGUGUUUACAUUAACGCUCUUCAGGCCAAAGAAGAACCGACGCACUGUGUGAACAUCAGCUAAAAACAGUGGUAGAAACUCGAGGAGGGCGUCCGUGUGUUUAACUCGCCUCUCAGAUGUGUGUGUGUGUGUGUGUGUGUGUGUGGCUCUAAAAAUGUUUACUAAUGUGGAAUGAUUCAUGGAUUCUGCCCAGAAAACCAUUAAUCACUCGAAUGGUUGUUCUAAGGAGUAGCUCAGGUUAAUAACAAGAUUUAUAUGGGAAAUGCGAAACCUACUGAUAAACACUAUCACCGCUGGUUCUCUACACCACAGGUUUCUCCUCGCGCAAUUUACCUUCUCCUCUUCCCUCAGUGUGACGGUGAUAAUAAAAGUGCUGUGAAGUGCAGACAAAUUAUUAAUUUCUCCUCCCUGAGCUUUUUAAAUAGGGUUUUUCGAAAAUGUUGCAUCCUUGUUAUUUCUGCCGUAGAGGUCAAAAGUGAUCAGUGGCUCGUUGACCAGUUCAACAUUAUGAACUUAAUGUUAAUUUAGGGAUUGAUUCUGUCCGAAGCCAUUCAUGUGUUAAUAAAUGCCUUUUUAACUGCCAA